AUGCGGUCUCUCCGCCCUCUACACACAAUCCGCGCUUCCAAGUCCGGCUUCCAGCAUAUCCGCCAUUUCCACCCAACCAGGCCAUCACCGUUCGUUCACGAGGUCCUCGAAGUCUCUUCUUCGUUUCUGCAUGGCGUCCAUGCAGUUAGUGGCCUUCCGUGGGCCUUGUCGAUACCGUUGUCUGCUGUUUUCGUCCGGAUGACCGUUGCCCUCCCGCUGCAGGUGUAUACCAAGAUACAAGCGCACAGAGCACAGCAAUUAAACCCGCAGAUUCUGGCAUGGAUUGAAUCUGAGCGGAAGAGCUUACGCGUGGAUAAUAGAAAGUUGGCAAAGCCGUUGCUGCCCGCUCAACUCACACGCGAACUGAACAAGCGGUUGAAGGAGGAAGUGCGUAGGCUGAAAAAACGCUGGCACGUUUCUCGAUAUUAUGUAGGGAUGAACUUCCUACAGGUGCCCAUCUGGAUCUCUGUCAUGGAGAGUCUUCGGGCCAUGUCCGGGGUUCAAACGGGUCUCCUGGGGUAUCUGACGUCGAUUUUCAGCUCCUCGGCCUCGGCCCAAGAAGCCCUGCAAAUACCGGUCGAGUCUUCAUUCGCGACAGAGGGUGCGCUUUGGUUUCCUGAUCUUCUGGCUGGAGAUCCAACCGGUAUUCUCCCUGUGUGUCUCACAGCAUCCAUCCUUCUGAACAUUCGGAGCGGAUGGAAAACGAAAACGGCAAAGGAGAUCGCAGACCUACCCAAGGGGCUGGAGUUUUCCAAAGCACUAGCAUUCAAAGGCUUGAAAGGGUUUCUCCAGCUCUUGGCCCUCAAUAUUGGUCUCUCUUUCUACGUCUAUCAGAUGCCCUGUGCACUGAUGGUCUACUGGAUUACAAGCACAAAUAUUGCCACGCUGCAGUCACUCGUGCUGGAGAAGUACGUGUUUCCCAAGUCUCCUUUCAAACCAAGAAAGAAGAUGUACAUCGGCUUGAACAAGCCGCAAAAAACGACUUCAGACCUCCCUUUGUUCUUUUGA